UAGCAUACGCGCGGCUGUCAUUCGUUGUCAAAUUGAGUUCGUAACAAAAAUUCAAACAAAUUUCUACGUCUAUUAUUUCCUUAAUGCAGUGAAACAAUCAUUUCCGACAUAGCGGUAUCAAAAUCGAAGUGAUCGCGGUAGCAACCUGGUUGCUAAAUAAAUUUGGUAAUGGAGUGUCCCGUGUCGUUCGAUUAUAAAGGGAAAACUAUAGAGCGGCUUCCAGUCGUGCGCGUGGAUAAUAGUACCGGGUGCACGCGCCACCUCCAUGUUGCGUAAGGCCAGAAUUGGCCCGUCAAAAAUGUUAAGCUACGGCAGAGUUAUAGGACGAUUGCCAAAACUUACCAGGCAUUCGCACGCUAAUCAUUUCUGUCGACCUUUAAAGUACGUUGGCAUUGUCAGUGUUCAUAAUUUGUGGUACAGUAGCAGUUCAAAUGACAAGAAAAUAUAUAGAGCUCCAGGAACCACCAUAAAACCUGAAGAAUGUGUACCUGAAAGUACGUAUUCUAAACCAAAGAGACCUGUCCCUUUUUGUGAAUCUCAGCCUAAUGCAUCUUGUCCACCGUCUUGUUAUGAAGUUUGUGGGAAACCAGAUGAUUCUGAAAAACCAAGCGAUAAGAAGCCACCUCCACAACAUUGGAAGAUAUUGGCAACUCUUCUCAUAGCUGGAGUCACAUUGUACGCGAUAUCUUCCUCGAGUUGGUUUUCCACAAAGAAAUCAGAUUCUCAGAAGGCUGUAAGUAAGAGUAAAAAGGAUGAAAAGAAACGGAAAAGGGCACUGGAUAAAAUUAAAACGCCGCCUACUUCUAACUUAAUUCCUUCAGAAAUUCCUUACCUCUUAAUAGGAGGAGGAACAGCUGCAUUUUCUGCAUUUAGGUCUAUUAAAUCUAGAGAUCCUAGAGCUAAGGUUUUAGUAAUAUCGGAUGAAGGAGACUUGCCAUACAUGAGACCACCAUUAUCUAAGGAACUUUGGUAUAAUAGAGAUAGGAAAACAACUGCGCAAUUACUUUUUAAGCAGUGGAAUGGUGCUCAAAGAAGUGUGUUUUAUGAACCGCCUGAGUUUUAUACACAAAUUAAAAGUUUGAGUAAUUCUGAGAAAGGUGGUGUGUCUGUAGCGACGGGUUGGAGAGUUAAAAAAAUUGAUGUUCCAAAUAAACUUGUGAUACUCGACGAUGGUUAUCAAAUAAAAUAUGAUAAAUGUCUUAUCGCGACUGGUGCGUCGCCUAAAAAUCUUCCAGUGUUUGAAACGAUGCAAGAUGAACUCAAAGAGAAAAUUAUAACGUUUAGAACGAAGCAUGAUUUUCUUUAUCUGGAAGAUAUUGUGCAUAAUCCUAAGUGUAAGAAUGUAGUAAUAAUUGGAGGAGGAUUCCUUGGCUCAGAACUUGCUUGCUCACUCGCUCGUAAUUUAAGCGGAGAUAAAAAGGUGUAUCAAGUGUAUAAGGAGAAAUUUAUAAUGGAUCAAGUAUUGCCACAGUACCUAAGCGAAUGGGCAACGAAGAAAGCAAUCUCCGAGGGUGUUCAAUGUAUUUCUAGUUCCGAAGUAGAGGAUUAUUCGUAUAAAAAUGGGAAAUUGUCUCUUGUCCUUUCGGAUAAUCAAAUUGUCGAUGCUGAUCAAGUGAUUGUAGCAGUGGGCGUUGAACCGAACACUGACUUGGCACACGUCUCGCAAUUAGAAACGGAUCAUGAGAUAGGUGGUUUCCUUGUCAACGCGGAAUUAGAAGCGAGGAGCAAUUUAUGGGUUGCCGGAGAUGCAGCUUGUUUCUAUGAUGUCAAACUUGGUAGAAGAAGAGUGGAACAUCACGAUCAUGCUGUAGUUUCAGGGAGAUUAGCAGGAGAAAACAUGACUGGUGCAAGAAAGCCGUAUCUGCAUCAAUCAAUGUUUUGGUCCGACUUGGGGCCAGAAGUUGGAUACGAAGCGAUUGGAAUUGUGGAUUCGUCACUGCCGACUGUUGGUGUUUUUGUAAAAUCGUCCGAGUCUGAUAAUAAAGUACAAUCCGUCAGGAAUACACAUGAGACUACACAAGUCUCAGAUAAAAAGAAUUCACGAUCAAGCCCGCAAGGAGAUGCUAAAUCGGAAAGUGAUGAUACAAAAGUAUGCAGAGACGAUGAUCCAAAACCUGCGGAUAAGCCUGAGGUGUAUGAUGAUUUUGGAAAGGGAGUCGUUUUUUAUUUACGCGAUGAUAUCGUGGUCGGGAUAGUUCUUUGGAAUAUUUUCAAUCGAAUGCCAGUCGCCAGACAGGUUCUCGCCAGGGGUACAAAAUAUGAUGAUCUAAACGAGGUAGCAAAACUUUUUACUAUUCACGACGACUGAUCCUAUUAACGCAAUAAUUUCCAUGACCACAUGGUGUCAUUACUGUACAUAAGGUUUAUUUAUCUAUCCAUCAAGUUCCAAAAUAUUUUACAAAUAAAAAAAAUCUGCAAACCGAUUUCUCAUCCCUAAGUUCGAAAGGUACGAUUUGUAUAAAUAUUGCACAUACCACGUACAAAGUAUUUUCAACAAUAAAAAAUCUAUACAUAAGAGCAUUCAUACGAUACGCGAAUGAAAUAUGUUUAUUGAACUAUUAUUAGAUGUGGAUUUUAUUAGCAAAUAAAUGAACAGUUGUUUUAUUAGUUA